AUGGAGCCAAACAGCGACCCACCACCGUACUGGUCGCCGCCGACGAUGCACCGCCGUAGAUCCUCGUCUCCGCCGUUUAUUUCGUUGCCGGUUUUGAUUAUUCUCUUGCCGACGCUCGCUUUGAUUAUAUUGUUCUUUGCAAUCCGUCCUCUUCUUUCGCUCACUCCUCAGCUUUUUAGACCAAAUUCGGUGAAGAAGAGCUGGGAUUCUUUCAAUGUUUUUCUUCUUUUGAUUGCGAUUAUCUGCGGGAUUUUUGCUAGACGAAACGACGACGUACCGACCGCCGCUGAUGUCGACGGUAGUCGUCGUUCUGAUCGCAGGACGGUUGAUGCUGCCGGAGUUAAGGUGAACGGGGACUUGGAGUUUCCACAGCAGUGGUUUGGAUUUGCAGAGAGGAGAUUUUCCGAUCAGUCUGGGAGAACGCCGGGAACGGCGAUGAGGUUGAGGAGGAAUAGCUCUUAUCCAGAUCUGAGGCAGGAAUCGCCGGGGGAAACUGGUAACGAUGGUAAUCAGUUUCGAUUCUAUGAUGAUUUUGAAAUUAACAAGUUUCGAUCACGAUCCUUCGUGUAUCGAACGCGAGGAAGUGAAAUAGAAGAAUCGCCGGCGGAGAUUAAGGUUAUUCCGGUUGAUUCGUUUGUGGCUAAUUCGUCGCCGACGCCUCAAAGGUUGAAGUCUUCCAAUCCGCCGCCUCCACCGCCUCCGCCGUUGCCGGUUACUCAGAGGAAAUCGAGACGGACAUAUCAGACCAUCCAGAGAAAGGAGGAAGUUCAAGAGGCCAAUACGAAUGACGCUGAAUUCGCGAAGUCGUAUACGCCGCCGUCUCCGCCUCCGCUGCCUCCGCGAACAGUUAUCCCUCCGUCGCCGGUCCGAGUUCGACUGGAGGAGAGAUUUGGAAGGAGUGAACGGAAGAAAACAAAUGUUAAGAAAGAGAUAGCAAUGGCGUUGGCUUCACUGUAUAGGAAGAGAAAGAAGAAGCAGAAAGCUAAAAAUAUCUACGACGGCGACCGCCGCUCUCCAACUGAACAACGACCGCCCCCGCCGCCCCCGCCUCCACCGCCGCCUCCUUCCGUCUUCCGCGGCCUAUUCAAAAAAUCAAACAAGAACAAGAGAAUUCACUCCGAAUCUGCACCGCCGCCUCCUCCGCCACCACCACCCGUCCCAUUGUCUUCCCGUUCAACAAAGAAGAAGAUUCAGAUCCCUCCUCCACCGUCACCAUCAUUCCGUCAGCGAAAUUCCACCGCCAGCCGUCGACCACCGCUCCCGGCGAGGACGUACAAUUUCAACAUCGAAAACGAAGGCAUAAACAGCGGUAGCCAGAGUCCCUCAGUAACCAUACCGCCACCACCACCUCCGCCGCCGUUCAAAACUACGACGGAUGUAAAAUCCACGUUUCGAGGCGAAACAGCCGGGUCACGGAGCUCCGAAACCUCUCGUUGCGGAUCUCCAGAACCGAAAAAGGUCGAACCGUCAUCGGUUAAGGAGACAACGGAGCCAGCCAGCGAGGUAAACGGCGGCGGCGGAGUGGGGUCAGUGUUCUGCCCCAGCCCGGACGUUAACAUCAAAGCUACAAAUUUCAUCGCGAGGCUGAGAGGCGAGUGGAGACUGGAGAAGAUGAAUUCGGUGAGGGAGAAAGAAAGAUUGGGCCAAAGCCCAAACUACGAAAUAAUGGCGGACCCAGGCCCAAACGUUUGA